AUGAGUACCGAGCGUCACACAAGUGUCUGGGUCGGCAAUCCGACCGACUAUUAUUUCCAAGUACGCGCCAAGCACAUGUACACUUCCGAUGGGACCGUCGAUUCGGGCUGGACGAUUCUGAAGCCACGUGGCAAGUGCCAAGUGUUCGAGAGCAUCAAUUUCUGGACGGGACCACUGGCUUGGGGCCAGGAUUACUGGAAGCUGAUCGUCGUGAAAUUGGUCGAGACUGGUGGUGAGUUGAUUUUCAUGUAGCUCAGCUGUUUGUAGAGCUAUCAAAAAGUGGUCAACUAGAAAAAUGUUCACAACGGCUUAAUGAACAUUUUAUCAGUUGACAACUAUUUGAUAUCUCUACCAGCAACUGAGAUAUAACGUCUUGAAAAAGUUGUGGAUGGAGUAACUUUUUACUUUCAGACGGCGAUGAAUCCAACUAUGUGGUGGAUGGAAAGCAGCUCCGUAUCGAUUCGGCGUACAUGACCCAAAACGGGAAAUGGUUCGAUCUCGCGUUGUCGCCGCCCGACGAAGGACGUCCGAUGACGAUCAAUCUGGAGUUUCCGAAUGCGAUCUACGAUAUCGCGGCUACGAAAUAUUUCAAUGUUCUUUCCGAGUACUGA